AUGGGCGGCAUCUUCCAAAAGACCCAUCUCUCGGGCGCCUUCAACGGGCGCCUACUCUUCUGCUGCUCGCUCAUGAUGCUGUCGCAGAUCAACUACGGCCUCGACCAGAUCGCCUACAGCACCACGCAGGCCAUGACGCCCUUUGAGAACAAGUUUGGCGUCUACAGCCCGGCCCGCAAGCGCAAGGUCAUCGAGCCCUACUUCCUCUCGCUGCUCAACAGCCUGCCGACCGUCGGGCAGGUCAUCGGCGUCGCGUUCGGCAGCUACAUCUGCCGCCAAUGGGGCCGCCGCAUGUCCUUCUGGGUCAUGUGCGUCUGGGCGUGGGUGGCGGCCAUCCUGGCCGUCACCGCGCAGCACAGGGAGCAGGUCCUCGUCGCCCGCGUGAUCAACUUCCUCUACAUCGGCAUGGAGCUCGCCACCAUCCCGGUCGCGCAGGCGGAGUUCGUGCCGUCCAACGUCAGAGGGUUUGUGGUUGGUACCUACCAGCUAGGUCUCAUGAUGGGCGCUUUGAUCAUGUCGUGCGUCUGCCUUGGAACCAGCAAGAUAAAGGGGGAUAAUGCUUGGCGCAUCCCUUAUGGACUUUUCUUCAUCGUGCCCACCAUUGUUUUCGUUGGUACAUUCUACAUCCCUGAGUCUCCUCGAUGGCUAUUGAUCAAAGGCCGCACGACCGAGGCCCGAGAGAACCUUGCAAUGAUACGGCGGGGCAAGUUCACCGAACAGCAGAUUGACGAAGAGUUUGCAGCUCUCCAGGCUGGCCUCGAAGUGUCAGUCGAGAAGGGGUCUUUCAAGGAGAUUUGGCAGGGCAAGAACAGAUCGCGUACCUUGAUGACAAUUGGUGUCAAUUUCUUCCUCCAGGUACGCACCUCUUCCGAACCAUGUUGCCACGCUCUGAUGCCACAUCAAGCAGCAUUGGACCCGAGGGCUAAUGAUCGAUACUACGUACAGGCAACUGGCCAAGCAUUCUCAUCCCAGUACGGAGCAAUCUUCGUCAAAGACAUUGGCGCCAUCGACCCGUUCGUUAUGAAGACGGUCAAUCAACUGAUCAACCUGUUUACGAUUCUUGCAUGCAUGUAUUUGACUGAUAUCUCCGGGCGCAAGGCUCUCUUGAAUGUCGGCGCCUUCCUCCAGUUUGGAUCCCUGAUGGCCAUGGGAGGCCUAGGCACGCCCGCCAGCCCGACAAAGAGCAUGAAGAUCGGCAUCACGGCCAUGACGACCAUAUUCGGAGCCGGGUUCUGCCUCGGCUGGGCGCCCGUGUCCCACGUAGUUGCCGCAGAGCUGCCCACCAACCGCCUGCGCGACGUGACCUACGCGACUGGCAACGUAGUGCAGAUUAUCAUUCUCUUCGCCGUCAACUUCAGCAUUCCCUACCUCCUCUAUGAGCCUUAUGCCGCACUGGGCUCCAAGGUGGGAUUCAUCUUCGGCAGCUUUGCCGCGCUUGCGAUUCUGUUCACCUGGCUUUGUUUGCCGGAGUGCAAGGGUUUCUCUCUCGAGGAGAUCGAUUACCUUUUCAACGCAGAUGUGCCUGUACGCAAGUUCAGCCACUUCAAGCACGGAGAGAUCAUUCCAACUGAGGGCAAUUUGACCAAAGAGAAGUCUGUCCAAAUUGAGCAGCGCGAGGUAUAA